AUGGAGCCCUGGUGCGGGGCAGGGGUGCGUGGGCCGGGCCCUCAGGGUCCCCGCGUGCCGGGGGCGUCCCGCACGCGCACCCGCGCCCGCGCCCUUCUGCUGCUGCUGCUCCUGCUGCUGCUGCUCCUGCCUCGGCGGCCGGCAGGCUGCUCGGCCGCAGGAGAAGCCCCGGGGUCGUCGUCCACCACCGUCCCGACCGGCCCUCGAGCCUCCUGCGCCUCCACAGGCGGCUGCCCCGCGGGCAGGCUUCGCCUUCCUCGGCAGGACCACACCUCAGAGACCACGGCCGCGACGGCGACGAUGGCGGCGAAGGCCACGCCGCCACCCAACUCAGACACCACCUCAGAGAUCACGACUCCACUGAAAACGAUCGAGGCUCUGGGCCUGGUGGACACUGCUCAGGCCGCCCCUGGGACGAAAGCCAGCAGCCUCCCCUUCUGUGGCUCCUCCCACGAGCCAGACCCUACCCUCAGGGACCCAGAAGCCAUGACCCGGCGGUGGCCUUGGAUGGUGAGCGUGCAGGCUAACAACUCACACGUCUGUGCCGGCAUCCUGAUCGCUUCCCAGUGGGUGCUGACCGUGGCCCAUUGCUUGAGCCAGAACAACGUUAACUACACAGUGAGGGUGGGGAGCCCCUGGAUCAAUCAGACAACAGGAACCAGCUCCGAUGUGCCAGUACAUCAGAUUAUCAUAAACAGCGGCUACCAACCCAGGCGGUACUGGUCUUGGGUUGGCCGGGCCCAUGACAUUGGCCUCCUCAAACUCAAGUGGGGGCUCAAGUACAGCAAAUACGUGUGGCCCAUCUGCCUGCCUGGCCUGGAGUAUGUGGUGGAGGACAGCUCUCUCUGCACAGUGACAGGCUGGGGAUAUCCCAAGGCUAAUGGCAUAUGGCCCCAGUUCCAAUCCCUCCAGGAGAAGGAAGUCUCUAUCCUCAACAGCAAGAAAUGCGAGCAUUUCUACCACAAGUUCUCCAAAAUCCCCUCUCUGGUUCGGAUCAUCAACCCUCAGAUGAUCUGUGCCUCGGACAACAACAGGGAGAAGUUCUGCUAUGAGUCAACUGGUGAGCCCCUGGUCUGCUCCUCCGAUGGCACAUGGUACCUGGUGGGGAUGAUGAGCUGGGGGCCAGGCUGCAAGAAGAGCGAGGCCCCGCCCAUCUUCCUGCAGGUCUCCCACUACCAGCCGUGGAUCUGGGACCGCCUCAGCGGGGAGCCCCUGGCCCCUACAGCCCCGUCCAGGAGCUUGCUUCUGGCUUUCCUUCUGCUCCUCAUCCUUCUGGGCACUCUGUGA